AUGUUGGGUCCAGAACUAAGUAAUCAUACUAUCGAUAACAGUCUCAGAAAUCAAGAAACACGAUACAAUACCCUACCAUUCGAUGGACAAACAGGACUAACAGAUUUCAACAGUGCAUCAGCAGGAGGAUUAGUAGGAGGCGGAAGAAAGACGAUGAAUUCUGGUAGUUCAGCAUACGAUAUGAUGUAUUAUUCAGGUUUCCCUAUGAACUCCAAAACCACCAGUCAUCAACAUCAAAUGUCUGAAUCACAUCCUCACUUAUCUAUCGAGUCAUCGCAUGUCUCAUCAAACGACACAUCAUCAGCAGGCUCGCCAUUAACUGUAAAUCAUCCAUGGAAUCCGGCUACGUCGAUAGACAUGAUGGGUGGUGGUCUGUACAUGUCGCAUCAACCUGCACAAAGUCCUAUGAUACAUCAAGACCAACACGAUGCAGAAAUGGAUGACAGAGACGCACCUCCUGUUGUCGGAAGAGAAUUUGAAGAAGAAGAAGACGAGGAAGAACAAAACGAGGCUGAUGAAUCGGACGAUGACUACAAGCCAGAAAAGCCAGAAAGACCUGCAAAACGACAACGGCGCAGCGUUGCAAGACAAUCAUCUCUACCGUUUAUACCACAAUCUACACAACAACCCCUCGAAUCUAUAUUAUCUCUAGCCGCAGCUGCUCAAGUCAUCCAAAACCAACCAAUGUCAAGCUCCACACCACCACCAUUAUUAUUAUUAUCUCCCAUAGCAACAGCACCAAAACCUGCUGCUCCCGUCUCUACACCUCCUGUAAAGAAGCCAUUCGUGCCAAGUGCGGUAUCGGAUGAUGAUCCAUUAAAGAAUAUAAAAGGUUUACGUCACUUCUCCAAGAUGGUGGCUGAUAAGGUUGAAGCUAAAGGUGAAACAACAUACAAUGAGGUUGCUGAUGAGUUGGUUGUGGACUUUACAGCUCAAGUAGCUCAAUAUGGCGGAAGAUUCGAUCAGAAAAACAUUCGAAGACGAGUUUAUGAUGCUCUGAAUGUGCUGAUGGCUAUGGAUAUCAUAGAAAAAGACAAAAAGUACAUUCGAUGGAUUGGUAUGCCCCUUGAUGGCAAACCUGGUGUGGAGGGUGACGCAGCACGACCACCAGCAGACAAAUUAGAUCUGGAAGCAUUGAAGAGACGAGAAGCUGAAUUGAAGUUCUUGAUUGAUCGAGAAAGACGUGAAAUGCAAGAGAAGUUACUCAAAGAAUCGCGACUGCGACAAUUGGCAUAUCAGAACGAACAGAUUGAACGAGAACGUCAGCGAGAACGUGAACGAUAUUCUGCCGAAGGCAUAACUGACUAUCCACCUGAUAGCCAUGACCAACGUAUCUUCCUGCCAUUCGUCCUCGUCCAAAGUCCCAAGACGACCAACAUAACUAUAGAAGAAGGACCAGAGAAGAGUGAAUACAUGUUCACGUUUUCCGAGCCUUUCACCCUUCAUGAGGACAAUGAUGUAGUAGGCCAUAUCGGAGGAUUUAUAUCUCCUCUGAACCAUCCGAUACCCAAUGUCUCACCACCGAAUGUAUCUCAAGCCCAACAACAGCAACAACAACAGAUUGGGAUGAGGAUUGCUCCAUCUGGAUCUGUAUCAACGGGAUCACCAUCGUCAUUUCCUAGUCCAGCACCUGUGUCUAUGGGCUUGCCAGGUACUUAUCAGCAGAUUGGAGGGUUGGUUGGAUAUUCUAUGCCUCAAGACUACUCAUAUGAUCCUGCAUACGAAUCAACAGUCAAGUCAACAGAUGCUUUCGCAGCAUCCUUGGCGACUCGAUUGACUUCAGAGAGUCAAAAGUCAGUCCGUCAACGCUUUAACACAGGUGGCUCUACAGACGCGACUCCAGUAUCAUCAGUACCAGCAUCACCUCGACAAAUGCUUCCCAGUAUGAUGAUGCAAAACCAUCUUCCACUACCGAAUCAUUACACAUCGUCUGAGCAAGCAAAUCACCAGUAUGCAGUUCCAUAUCCACAAAACCCGAGCCGAUGGAUGAUGGGAUACCCAGCUCAUGCUGCAUCGCAUUCCAACAAUACGAGUGCAACUGGUAGUGGAACAGGCACACCACCAUCCCUCUCUCGAGUUGCCAGUCCUCAUUUAUUCGCACCUACGUACGCGUAUGGCGCACAUUAUAAUUAA